AUGGAUUUUCGGAGAGGUGGCCCGCUCCACGCGAAAGUUCUUUUGUCCCAGGGGCCAGUGUUGCUAUCGAUUUGGCGACCCCAGUUGCGCGAUACUGCUGACGGACCUGAAUUACGAGCUGUAGAAGUGGUCGCGGAUGAGGUUUUCCGUGACGAUGAAGGAAACGCCGUCGAUCACCCCGGCCUGCGGCUCCGCCUCAGCGAUUUCACUUACAAGGAACUUGCCCAGAAGGAGAUGGGAGAUGAAGAUACGGAUAUCUACAUCUCUGGGAUACAACUCUGUCAAUAUCUAGAUGCGGCGGAUAGCAAAAUAGAGCGAGCACUGGGCGAGCAAUCUCUUGCUAAGGACGUUAAAAAGCGGAAACGGUCGGAAACACCUUCUGAAGAUAUUAGGGCAGGUGAUGAAGCAAGGUAUGCCGAGCAAGAGGAGAGAGCAGCGAAGCGCGCGGAUCAUGACAUGGAUUACCAGGAGAAAUCAUCAACCUAG